ACAUCAAGCUAAAAUGAACACAAGUUUUCCUUCUUCUACUUCUUCUUACUCCUCAUUGGCUCUUUAUCUUGUAUAUCUGGGUCUACUUGUAAUUACCUUUUUAUCCUUGAACUUGUUGAACAUCUUAUGGGUGAAACCUCAAAGACUAAGAAAAAAGCUUGAAAGGCAAGGAAUAAGAGGUCCAAAACCUUCAUUUUUGUAUGGAAAUGUGAGUGAAAUGCAAAGGAUCCAAUCUUCUGCUAUUGCCAAGAAAGCUACUCAUCAUGAUACAAAGUCAAAUAUUAAUGUUGACUUUGUUGGUGAUGACUAUACUUGUGUUCUCUUCCCAUACUUUGAACAAUGGAGGAAACAAUACGGUUCAAUAUUUACUUACUCAAUAGGGAAUAAGCAACACUUGUAUAUUAAUGAUCCAGAGCUGGUUAAGGAAAUGAACCAGUCCAUCACACUUGGGCUAGGAAAACCUUCUUACGUCACCAAAAGACUGUCACCUUUGCUUGGCAAUGGAAUCUUGAGAUCAAAUGGACACUUUUGGGUCCACCAGAGGAAAAUAAUUGCUCCUGAAUUCUUCAUGGAUAAAGUCAAGGGUAUGGUUGGGCUAAUGUCAGAAUCGGUCGAACCACUUUUGAAAAAAUGGGAAAAAUGUAUUGAAGCUCAAAGUGACCGGCUAGCCGAAGUAAGAGUUGAUGAUGAUUUGAGAACUGUGUCUGCAGAUGUGAUCUCACGGGCUUGUUUUGGAAGCUCUUAUGCCAAAGGCAAAGAGAUAUUCUCCAAACUUAGAACCCUUCAGAAAACCAUCUCUUCCAAAGGCAUGCUAUUUGGCCUUUCUACUUUCGGGCAGAGGAAAGAUGUAAAGAGUUUGGAAAAAGGGUUAGAUUCCUUGAUAUGGGAGGCAGUGUGUGAAAGAAAAUGUCAAGAGACACCAUUGUUAAAGAAAGAUUUAUUGCAAAUGAUGUUGGAGGAAGCUAUGGACCAUUUUGCGAGUAAAGAAGAAAGCAAACAUUUUAUAGUCGAUAACUGCAAAAAUAUAUACUUUGCAGGACAUGAAUCUACAAGUGUGGCUGCAUCAUGGUGCUUGAUGCUGUUGGCCUUGUAUCCACAAUGGCAGACUAAAAUCCGUGAUGAAAUGUCUGAAGCUUGUCCUGAUGGUGUGCUUGAUGUGGAAUCACUCCCCAAGUUGAAAGCAGUAACGAUGGUGAUUCAAGAAGCAAUGCGGCUGUUCCCACCUGCAGCAUUUGUGUCAAGAGAGGCUCUAGAAAGGACACAGAUAGGACAUUUAGACGUGCCAAAAGGAGUAUGCAUAUGGAGCUUGAUCCCGACACUGCAUCGUGACCCUGAGAUUUGGGGUCCCGAUGCUCAUAAAUUUCGGCCCGAAAGGUUUGUAAACGGUGUUAUUAAAGCAUGCAAAGCCCCACAAGCUUAUGUUCCCUUUGGAGUUGGUGCUCGGUCUUGCUUAGGGAGAAACUUUGCAAUGGCUCAGUUGAAAGUUGUCAUCUCACUCAUCACAUCCAAAUUCACCUAUUCAUUGUCUCCAAGUUAUAAACAUUCUCCUAUUUAUAGAAUGGUAGUACAACCUGGGCAUGGUGUCAACAUCCUCAUUCGAAAAUUCUAACAAGAAUAGUAGAUUUAUAUAUAUAUAUAUAUAUAUAUUGUUUUAGGCAAAUUGUAUGCAUUCGAACAUAUAACACGUUUUGAAAUAAGAAUUAAGUGCAUAUUGCUGAUAA